CUCCCACUGCUGACGCUGCUUUUCACGGCCGGGGUCGGCUGCCCUUGCGAGGACCCUGCCCUGUGCCGACCGAUCCUCCACCACCCCGACUACGAGGUAUUUGUGUUUGAUGUUGGACACAAAACUUGGAAAUCUUAUGAUUGGGCACAGAUUACAACUGUGGCAGCUUUUGGAAAAUAUGACUCAGAACUUAUGUGCUAUGCUCAUUUGAAAGGAGCCAGAGUAGUGCUAAAAGGCGAUGUAUCUGUAAAGGAUAUCAUUAAUCCUACUUUCAGAUCAUCAUGGAUAGCUGAAAAACUUAUUUUGGCCAAAAAACAAUAUAUGGAUGGCAUUAAUAUAGACAUAGAGCAAGAAGUUAAUUGUUCCUCACCAGAAUACGAUGCAUUGACUGCUUUAGUCAAAGAAACCACAGAUGCUUUCCACCGUGAAAUUCAGGGAUCCCAGGUAACCUUUGAUGUAGCUUGGUCUCCGAAGCAAAUAGACAGACGGUGCUAUAAUUAUUCUGGAAUUGCAGAUGCUUGUGACUUUGUCUUUGUAAUGUCAUAUGAUGAAAAAAGUCAAAUCUGGUCAGAAUGUAUUGCAGCAGCCAAUGCUCCCUAUAAUCAGACAGUAACUGGCUAUGAGGACUACAUCAAGUUGGGCAUUAACCCUAAGGAACUUGUAAUGGGAGUUCCCUGGUAUGGUUAUGAUUAUACUUGCCUGAAACUAUCUGAGGAUGAUGUUUGUACCAUUGCAAAAGUCCCUUUCCGGGGAGCUCCUUGCAGUGAUGCUGCUGGACGUCAGGUGCCCUAUAAAGUGAUCAUGAAACAAGUAAAUAGUUCUAUUUCUGGAAGCCAGUGGAGUAAAGAUCAGCAGGCACCUUAUUAUAGCUAUAAAGAUUCUGCUGGCCAUUUUCAUCAAGUGUGGUAUGAUAAUCCUCAGAGUAUUUCUUUAAAAGCAGCACAUGUGCAAAACCUUGGCUUACGGGGCAUUGGCAUGUGGAAUGCAAACCACCUGGACUACUCUGGAGAUGCUGCAGCUAAACAGCAAACUGAAGAAAUGUGGCAAGCCUUGAAACCAAAGGUGUGA